AUGGUUAGAGUCAGAGGAGGAUCUACUAGUGCCGGACGAUCCUUUAGGCUUAGGGAUGAAGACAUUGAAGUCGUGGAACCACCUCCUGUGGCACCCAAAAAGAAGAUUGUGACCCGUGGUGAUAAAGUGAAGCAAACUGCCCAAAGAAAACUGGUUACUCCAACUGCUGAAUCAUCUGAUGAGCAGAUGGAAGGGCAGAACUCUGAAUGGAACAUUGCUGGUGGAAAUGAGGAACCAGAGCAGGUUACCCAGGGUGAUGAAACUGUCACAAGAUCCUCUGCUAAAAGAAAGAGGACUGCAAAGAGGAAGAGCAUUCCCCAUUCCAAGAAAAAGCAAUCUGCUGAUCCCUCUGAUGAUCAGCAGAAUGUAGGAAACACUACUGGGAGUCAGCAAAUUCCUGAACCCUCUACCAGGAAGUCUCCAAGGACAAGAACUGAGGCUCAAAACGUAGGGGCAUCUGCCACACAAACCUCAAACAGGAAACGUUCUGGAAAGAAUCCUGUGUCUCAGCCAUUUUUGCUCAAAAUUAGCACUGACAGCCGUAGGAAGCUCUCUUAUGGCAGAUUUCUGACCCCUAUCUUUGCCCAUUUUGAAAUUCCUUUUUCUGGAAAAUCUCCCAAAGACAGUGCUUCAUCAGUCUUCUCAAAAGCUUAUUUUGAACGAAAGAACUUAACAUUUUUUGAAGGUCAUUGGUGUUAUAAGGAGACUGUUGCUGAGUCUAGAAGGAAAAAUUUUCAUGAAACCCCUGUCACUCCUAGGACUCCUCGUGAUCAGUCAGACUUUGUCUCUCCUUUCACCAUUCAUCCUAGGAAGUCUGCUAGUAGGUCCUUCGCAUCCAAUUCUGAAGUCAUUUCCUUGCUUGAAGACCUCAAACAGCAUGUCUUGCUUAUUGAAGAAGGACCAACUACUGGUGCUGAGACUACACUAGCUUCUAGUUCUCAGCCCAAGGAUAAAAGCAAGGCUCCAACAACUGAGGAAUCAGAUGAAGAUAGUGAUGAAGAAACUGAGGAAGAAGAGGAUCCUGCACAGUAUCGUCUGGCAAGGAGAAGGCCUGGAUCAUCUAAAAUCACCAUCUAG